AUAUGAAACCAAGAAAAAACAAAGUUGCAGAGAGAAUGAAAGGGAAUAAUAAGAAGAUUAGUUCGAUCUUCGAUCAGUGCCAUGUAACUGCGUCUCAGGAGGUUUAUCUACAGCGAUGUGGCUAUGCCGUACCAGGUCAACCACUUCCAGAUUCCGAUCCCUCCGUCGAAGUCAGAGUCUCGCCACCACAGCUAAACGACGGUAUCCCAUCUCACGGUGCGUCCGACGAUUCAGAGACGGAUAACGUUGAGGUUGCAGUGGAGAGUCAAGCGAUUCGAUUCGUCUCUCAGGAGGAAAGCGCGGAGACCGUCGAUGUAGAGGAUGAUGCGGCAGAUCCGACAGUUGAGGUCGCGGCGGAGAAGCAGAGUGGUCGUAGCGAUGAUGAGAGGUUGGGAAAGAAACUUAAGAUUCCAUUGAGAGAUGUUGUGAAAGCCAUAGUUAUGAAUUCGAGGAACACAGAAGGAGAAGAAGAAGAAGAGAAAAAGCUUGAAAAGAUGAGCUGCGUGCAAAUCCUCUUGCAAAAAGGAUUCAAAUUUUAAGGUGAUUUUAAUGUUUUCCCCCCAAUCAGAACGGAUCUUAGUGGAAUCAAUCAAGUGUGUUAAUCUAGGGUUCUUCAAGGUCAAGUUCUUUUUGGUAAUAGUAGAAGCCAUGGUCGUCUUUGAUGUUAAAUCAAAACUGAAGUAAAGAAGCUACCAAAUUACAGAACAUGUUUUGUUAUUAAUUUGUUUCUAUUGCAUCACACAAUUCAAUUCACUAGAUGAUUUAAGAUUUUAUUAGUUUGUUUCUCUCACACGAAAAUAAUAGUAAAAACAGGCACUUUACAAUCCUCCAUCUUCUUUAUGCUUGUAGUAGGACUAGUUUUCACUUCACUUAAAACUGUCA